AUGGCGUCUGCUGCAACGGACCUCUUCCUUGGCAAAUUUGUUGCCAUUCUAGAGAGUGAAGCAGCCUCCAUAGCGGGUGUUCAUGAUCAAGUUGAUGAGAUUAAGCAGGAGCUUGUAUUCAUGAAAUCCUUCUUAGAGGAUGCUGACGGCGGAGAGGAGGCACACACACAAGUAGAGAAAGCGUGGGUCGCAAGCGUUCGAGACUUGGCCAAUGAUGUUGAAAACACCAUUGAUGAGUUCAUGUAUCACGUGUACGAGCAACGAAAUGGCAGACGAUUUGCCAGGUGGAUCCACAAAACCAUUCACUUUCCAAAGCACCUUUGGUAUAAGCGUCGAAUAGCCAACAAGUUACAGAAAAUCACAAUGGCGAUUAGAGCUAUUCCAGAGAGAAAUCAGAGAUAUCGUGGUGCUGCAGCUGUAGAAGUAAAAAGUACUUCUGAGGAUAUUCGAAGAUGGGUGCAGAACCAAGCGGAGUCUUCUCUUUAUCAUCAGGAGGAUGAACUUGUCGGGAUUGAAGGCGAUAAGAACAUGUUACUGCGAUGGCUGAUGGAUGAAGCGAAGCACCAAACUGUUGUGUCCGUGGUAGGGAUGGGAGGAUCAGGGAAGACAACUUUAGUUGCAAGGACCUUCAAAGAUGACAUUGUGAAGAGACAUUUCGAAUGCUAUGCGUGGAUUACUGUUUCCCAGUCUUAUGUGAUUGAAGACUUACUUAGAAGAUUGAUCAAAGAAUUCCACAAAGCAAAGAAGGAAGAGGUCCCUGCAGACAUGAAUGCCAUGAGUUAUAACGAAUUGCUGGAGAUUUUGGUGAACUACUUGGAGACUAAAAGGUACCUAGUUGUAUUGGAUGACGUGUGGGAUGUCCACCUUUGGGAGAAAUUAAGGUUUUCAUUUCCAGAUAAACAACUUGGAAGUCGAGUCAUGCUUACAACUCGAAGAGAAGACAUAGCAUCCUCUUCUUUUGGAGUUGAAAGCCAUGUUCACAAGAUUCAACCGUUGGAAAGGGGUGAUGCGUGGGAGCUCUUCAGCAUGAAAGCAUUCUCAAGUUAUCAGAACAAAUCUUGUUCACCUGAACUUCUGCCUUUAGCUCGGGAACUUGUGGAAAAGUGUGAAGGCCUACCACUAGCGAUCGUUGCCUUAAGUGGUCUCAUGUCUUCUAAGAAGUCACUUACAGAAUGGAGCACAGUCUACAACAGCUUAAAUUGGCAUCUAACAAACAAUUCUUUGUUAGAACCUAUGAAGAUGCGCAUCUUGUUGUUUAGUUUUAAUGAUUUGCCAUACCGACUGAAGCAAUGCUUUCUAUAUUGUUCCCUUUUCCCUGAAGAUUAUGUGAUCAUAAAUAAUAGGCUCAUUAGAUUGUGGAUCGCUGAAGGAUUUGUUGAACAUGUCGAAGGGCUCACGCCAGAAGAAGUUGCAAAGAGCUAUCUUAUGGAACUCAUUUUUCGUAACAUGCUACAGCAAAGGUUUCGAGGAUCCCUCCCAUCAUGUAAGAUGCAUGAUCUUUUGCGGGAGAUUGCUCUGUCUAUAGCAAAAAAAGAAAAGUUUGGCGAUGUACAUGAGGGGAGUGAAACAGUAGAAGAAACUGGGGCACUCCGUUUGUCAAUUCAAACAACUAAUGAAGAAAUUGGAGCAGGCAUAGGAGCUUCCAGAAUCCAUUGGUCAGCUCCGCAACCUUCAAACCUUGAACAUCAUGGAGACAAAAAUAGAGGCACUUCCAAGUUGCUAAACUUACGCCAUUUACUUGUGGGUGGGGUUCAUUUCCAGAAAGAUGAUUGGGCCGAUGGAGAGGAAUUUCUUCGAGUCGACGCAUUGUCUUCACCGCCUCCCUACCUUGAUAUACUUUACUUGAGCGGCAAACUGGAAAAGGUACCACAUUGGUUUUGUUCACUCCACUCUCUCACAUAUUUGGAUCUGCGUGAGUCCAGACUUGAAGAAGAUUUACUACCUCAUAUUGAAGCAUUGCCCUCUCUACAUACUCUUUGGCUUGAUAAUGCCUCUGUUAGGAAAGAGUUAUGUUUCAACAGAGGCUUUGUGAAGCUUCGGUUUCUGAAUCUCGCAUUAUUAAAUAAGAUAACUAUAGAAAAAGGGGCGAUGCCAAAUCUCGAGUUCUUAGGCAUUCGUAGGUGCUUGACAUUAGAAACAUUGCCACAGGGUAUUGAGCACCUUACUAAACUACAAGGAUACAGAUUUGAUAAUGUUUCAGAGAAGUUUAGAGAGUCCAUAGAAGAAGGAGGUGUGGAUCAUGCAAGGAUGCAACUCCUCGACGAGAGAUAUACAAGUCCUGGGAUUGAAGAUUUUACCCAUGAGUUUAGGGGUGGGAAGAACUUUUUCGUCUUGUUUUUUCUUUGGGGUCAGAUUUUGAACUUUCAGAUGGGCUAA